AUGUGGAGACGUCUUAGUCUUGGCGAUAACUCGGAGCUAAAAGAUUUAUGGCUUGAUAAAGUGCAUAUUCCAGAUGAGGCCUUCUCCUCUGGUUUCACUUUAGAAAGUCUGGUGGUGGAAGGAUGUGAUGAAUUCUUUACAACCGCAAUACUACCUUCUCAUUUACUUCCCUUCCUCAGUCGAUUACAAGAGUUGGUGGUGCGGGGAUGCAAUUCUAUUGAAGCCAUAUUUGAAAUCAAAGAGACAACAGCAAAUAUUAUUAUUCCUUUGAAGGAAUUGACUUUGGAGAAACUUCCAACUCUGAGGCAUGUUUGGAACAAGGAUUCUGAAGGAAAGCUCAGUCUUCCCAAACUGGAGGAGGUUAUUGUUGAUGAAUGUGCAAGCAUAAAAUCGGUGUUCCCAGAAUCAGUUGGCAAGGGUAACAUACAAAGGUUAGAAGUGAAGAAUUGUGCAGAGUUAGUUGAAAUUGUCACUGGAGAUGAUGUAGCCAAACAGGUUAGCAUCUUCUCCACGCUAUGUUGUCUGAAGCUGGUCAAUUUGCCAAAUUUGGAGUGUCCAUUACUAUCGCAUUUGCUACCUUCUCUUCAUAAAUUAGAAGAGUUGAUGGUUGGAAAAUGUGGUUCCUUGAAGACUAUAUUUGAUGUGAAAGAUGCGCCAACAAAUGAAGAAGAUACAAACAUGAUUACUGUUAUUCCUUUGAAGAAAUUGACUUUGGAGAAACUUCCAACUUUGAGCCAUGUUUGGAAAGGAAAGCUCAGUCUUCCGAAAUUGGAGGAGGUUAUUGUUGAUGAAUGUGCAAGCUUAAAAUCCUUGUUCCCAGAAUCAGUUAACAUACAGAGGUUAGAAGUGAAGAAUUGUGAGAAGUUAGUUGAAAUUGUCUCCAGAGAUGAACUAGCCAAAGAAGAAGAAACAAAUAAACAGGUUAAUAUCUUCUCCAAGCUAUCUUGUCUGAAGCUGUGGAAUUUGCCAAAUCUAAGCUACAUUUAUCAUGGAAUGGAAGACUCUGAAUUUUCAUUAUCAAAUGCAUUACUACCUUGGCAUAUGCUACCUUCCCUUCAUAAAUUGGAAGAGUUGGUGGUUGGGAAUUGUGGUUUCUUUGAGACAAUAUUUGAUGUGAAAGAUGCUCCAACAAAUGAUGUAAAAGAUACAGACAUAAUAGAUAUUCCUUUGAAGAAAUUGACUUUGGAGUAUCUGCCAUCUCUAAGCCAUAUCUGGAACAAGGAUCCUAAAGGAAGUAGUCUCAGCUUUCUAUGUCUUGAGGAAGUGGUUGUGAAUGGAUGUAAAAGCAUCACAAGCUUUUUGCCAGCAUCAUUGCCCAUGUCUAACAUGAUAAAGAUAGAUGUAAAAAAUUGUGAGGAAUUGGUUGAAAUUGUUACAAAAGAUGAAGCAGACAAUAAAGAAACAAAUAAGGAGCUUACUAUGUUUCCUAAGCUAACUUCAUUGACUCUGCACAAUUUGCCAAAUCUUACAUACAUUUAUGCUGGAAUGGAAAUUCUAAAUUUGCCCGAGUUAAGAGAGCUGGAUAUUUCUCAUUAUAAAUUUGCAACAGAUUCCACUGCAAAGGUUGUUACCCCUCACUUAGACUUAAAGCGAGUCUCAAUAGACAUGGAAGGUGUGAUGAUGCUUUAUUCGGACCCCGAAAACAUAAAAUGUCUGAGAUUGCAGGGCUUUAAUGAUGUUGAUGACUCAGAUGCCGCAUCUGCCUUUAAUUUCUUCCCAAAGAAGGUGCCACUUCCCAAUAUUCAAAUGCUUGGGGUGGCCGAUAGUGCCUUCAAAGAGAUAUUCCCAUUACAAAAGCCUGAGAUUAUUCAUUCACAGCUGUUUGUUCGAGAAUUGGAAUUGAGAAAUCUGCACAAGCUUGAAUCCAUUGGGUUACAGCACACUUGGGUGGCCUCCUCUAAUCUCACAUCGCUGAAAGUUGAGGGUUGUGCAUCUUUGAAGUAUUUGUUUACUUCUUCAGCCGCCAAAUGUCUUGUUCAACUUGAACAGUUGCACAUAUCCAACUGUGAAGCACUCGAAAGUUUAAUGCUGGAUUUUCAACCACAUGAUGGUGAUCAUGAUGUCAUCUGA